AGUUUCAAGGGAUCGUUGUCCUUUAUUGACGGUUGGUGUCCAGGCGUCCAAGCUCCCGUUUUCAACCAAACAAAUCCUUUUGCUACCACCCCGAUCAUGAACCUAAGUGACAGUAGUUUUACAAUUUCCUGCUGGAUAAAACAAACUACAUGGAUUGCUAAUACGUUCGGAGCUAUCUAUGGUGACUGGAACACUCCACGCCAAUUUUUGCUAGGCACAAUGAACCAGAGGAUCGUGUUUUAUCGCCAUAGCUGUAGUAAUGUCGGUGAAGAGUGGUGGUCGUUGCAAAGUACUAACGUGUCUUUAAGUAACUGGACACACCUGGCGGUUACGUGGAAUCACCUCAUGAGAGCUGUGUUGAUAUAUAUCAACGGAAAAAUAGUGGGUACCAAAUCAUAUCCUGCCGGAAAAACGUUCUACGGACCUUCGGGGAAGCCAUACACCAUUGGUAACGCUGGGCAUGAAGACGCCUACCAGUUCAACGGUUCAGUGGUGCUUCUAAGUGUCUUGAAUUGGGCAUCGUCAGUUGAUGACGUUGAUGAGCUAAGAGGUUUGAGAUUCAUAACUUUAUAAAUCAUCCUAAAGUACUUUUGCCCUUCAGUAUACUUAAUAUUCACUGUAUAUUCACUGUGACGGCCUCGGCCAGAAAAAGUGUACUGAACCUCGCAUUACGGACAUCCGAUUAAUACGGACCUUUUAUUAAGUUUCAUUUGUUCCGACGAAAAGCUCAUAUAUUUUCGCUAAUUCUCUAAAAUUAACCUGCUCAAUAUGGAAAUUGGUUAAUUAAACAAAGUUUUCUCUUGAGAAUGACUGGUUUCCUCCUCAUUUCGAUAAAUCAUGCGUCCAUGAGGUUUUUUUGAGUGCCCGCUUGAUACGGGGACCCGGUUAAUAAAUGUCCCCGUGGUGUCCGUAUUAGUCAGGUUCCACCGUAUGAUUUUCCUUAACCUAAAUCGCAUACAUAAACUAGUAGUAGUUAACACCAAAGCUGCCCCGUCCUGUAUGACUCUUGUAGGUCAAAAGUAUUUUUGGUCGUUGCGUAGCUCUUUGAAAUAUACCGAUCCAUAAUUAAAGAUUUUAAUACAUAUUCCAUAUAAUAUAUGCGAUAAAAACAGGAAACGCAAGGUUCCAUGCAUUGAUUAAGGUCUGAUUCAGGCCGAUUUACACAGCUUUGAUUAUGACAUUCUCAGUUUCGAAAAUAUUUUAUUCUAAACCAUGAGAAAAAAAAAACAUUAGAAGUAGCAAUUUUUCGCCCUUUCUUUUUCACUUUUUACAUACAGUUAAUUUUAUUGGCCGGAAAGUUAAAGCCUUAGUAAUCAAAAGGUUUGAUCAGUUCACCCUCGCAUGUUCUAGUCAUGUUUUUAACUAUAUCAAGACAACACUGCAGAAAAUCUUUAUAGACUGACAUCUGUGAACGAUGAGUACGUCAGCACAGAAUUUAAUUGUUGGCGAAUUUCUGUAAUCGUCCAUCGUUCUGCAAAUGAUAAGCUAGCCGUUGACUCACUCGUCUUGCUUGUUUGUGGACUGAGUCUUAUCCCCCUCGAAAUUUUUUCCAAUCAAAGAUUUGUGAACACGUGUGUGGCAAACUCUCCAAGUGUUUGUAUAUACACGGUUAUACGCACCUUAUGACUUCAUCUGCGCUUAUCGAGAGUCUUUUGGUCCAUAACUUUUAAAACAGCUGCUCCACAGAAUGUCACUGAUAACACGUAACGCAAAAAGUAUCGAAGUAUGACUAUACAGUAGGUGUCAGAAAAUCAGCUUAAACGGUCCCUUCGCGGAUUUUCCGUCUUACGUUAUUCUAACCAAUAGCAUCUCUUACUUGCGGGCGUUAACAAUAGAAACGUCAUCACUACCCAACGAUUCCAUGUGGCCCCUGAUCAAGAGAUCGAGAUUUUUUCUGGCAUACUGACUGUAUAUUUCAACUUUAAGAACUUUUCUAUAUAUACGAGCGAGCUACUAGGAUACCUGCUCGGGAUUUUGCUUUCUGGACGAAAUCCUUGCUUGGGCAAAAACAUCGAGAUAUGACAGUAAACUACCAGCAGUGGCAAUUAAUUUGCACUCUUUGUUAUAAAUAGCUGAGUAUCAACUAGUCAGACCCAAAGCAUCCUUAAUGGUCCCCACAACUUCUUAGUUAUAGGGCCCCUUAAUAUGGGAAAAGGUAAAUUCUAGUGCUUAUUUCGGUAGCUAAUCAUUCAAUACUAAAAAAAAAACAAUAAAUUUUCUAUUUCUUUUUUUUUUUAGCCCUUAACGUCUGCAUUCGUUUUCACUUGACACAAUACUCCUGCACUGUAUAUACUUGCGCUUGUCCUUCCGUUGGUCUUGAAAAACCAGGUUUGAAGUAAGAAAGGGACAAGAUUUAUACAACGGAGAAAACUUUACCCUGUACGGUAUCUUCAAUACUCAAGUGAAUAGGAGCCACAUGAGCCCUACAGAGCAUACAGGUUCAAAAUUGAAUGCCACUAGGCAAAAAUGACUGGUAAUAUUGGGCGCUUUCCAUUUAGGAAAAAAACCUGGAAAUUUCGGUGGGAGCAAAAGUGGAAUUUCCGAUUGGUAAAAAGUUGUUCCAAUUGGUCGCAAACACCGGUACGUCGCGAAGCCCGACCGUGGACCUGGAACUGGUACAAACUACGAGAAGGGUAAAUGGAACACGACAUUCCGUUAGGAAAUUCCAACCGGGAAAACGGGCCCACCUUUUUAGAUUUUCCACUUUUUCUGGGAAUUUUCCAGUGGGACGAGCCGACAAAACGUGUUCCAUUUACCACCCAACCAGAAAUUCCGGAAAUUUUGACUAAAUGGAAAGCGCCCAUUCUCUUGUCUUUCUGCCUUCUUUUAACGUCCCGUAAAGGGAAGACUGAAAGGAUUUAUAAUAAAACAAUUUGGUAAAGUGGUUACGCUUUGAUGCAACCCUGGGCAUUGAUGAUGCUUUUGGUUAAUUUUAUCACAAAUCCGGCUUUACAGGGAAGGGUGCUUGCGGGCAGCAGCUUCGAGCCACAGGGUAAUUUUCGAAGGUUAAGUUAGAGAGAAAAAUUUUAUCCAUCUGAAAAUGUAUCGAACCUUCUAGCUUUACAAAUACUGUCUCUAAUUAAUAAUUACUUAAUGACUAUCGUAACAUUUACUAAAAUUCUUUUGUCAUCAAAUCCUGUGAAGGUCUUUAUCGGAUCAAUAAAAAAAACGUACUAGCAGGAGGAUCCGUUCUUGUUAAAUGGAAUCCAAUCUUGAGGAAGGCGUGCCCAUUUGUUCACGUUUACUACAGAGAACAAGGAGAAAGCAAAUGGAACUCUGUGUCUGUGAAAUCACAAUUGCAAGAAGGCGCAGUGUUCAACAGCCACACUCUUUACAUAGAAUGCUUGAGAAAAUAUCAAAUAGUAGUUUCCUCGUACGCUGCUUUUGAGGAGAGGGACUUGAGGGACAAACAGAUGUGGACUGUGAGCACAGGAGAAGGUAACUAACGUAGAGCUUACGAUAUUACUUAAAGAGAAAAAAAAGUGAUUCUGUCAUUCCAACUAACUCUCACUAAAUUUAUUUAACCGAAAUAUUUCUGUGGAAUUAAUGAAAAGCUACUAAAGAAAAGUGAUUUCUGGAUAAUAGCUUGAGAAAAAACCUAACGGGGCGGAGAAUGUGAGUCAUUUGUGUGUAAAGUGUCUUAAAAGCCGGAGAGAGCCUAAAGGAGAAUGAGAUGGGUUAAAUAAACACCCAGCAGUAAUAGUACCAUGUGAUAUUCUUUUCCACAUUUAAAAUGGACAAUUUUUCCCUCUAAAAUAGAAUAAUAUUCCGAAAUAUUUGUUUAUUUCAGAUGGAAUGUGCUGCGAUGAGGAAGAAUGGGAAGUGAACCUUACUCGGCAAGGAUGGAUACUGAAUUGCUCACGGAUAGGAAGAUACUUGUUUGGAAUUUUACGGAAGUCCAAAGGCCCAAUAGGUGGCAUUGACCUCUUAACAAAAGGAAAAUGCUGCACACCUCCACUCGUUUAUCGCGAUGAAGUUCCCGUUUGCAUAGAAGUCCUGUGGAAUGCCUCGUUGAACAGGUCAGUAAAA